UGGUGGGCCAAGCUGUCUAGAAGAGAAGGAGAUUUUGUACAAAGUACUAUUAUUGCGCUGUCUUCCCGAUCGCGUCCUGUUCUUUACGUUGCCCACGCGCAUCAGCAACGAGAGAAGAGUGACCCUGUGUGGUGACGACCAAUAGCGCGACGACAGAAUAUUCGAAACCAAAUUUGUUCGCGACCCAUUCUAAUAUCGUUGGUAGCGAUUACUCCGGUACAAAUUCUCAAAAAAAUCGAGUUCCUACAUCGUUACGCUUCAAAGUAUUCCUAUACAUCGACCUCACCACAAAUAUGCGACGAACCGCACUCUAUUCCGCCGCGACGGCACUACUCACUAGUACCACAACCGCACAAGCCACAGCAUCAACGUCGUCAAAACGUGGUCUCUGCUACGUGCCCUCCGAAGACCAUCCCGACGACGACAAGAUAUGGACAACCGGCCCAUCACCACCAACAUGGUAUUACAACUACCAAAAGGAUCCCUCCCCAGCCUACGCCAACGACCCAGACAUGCAAUUCGUCCCCAUGCUCUGGGGAGCCAGUGAUAGCGACACUGGAACCCCCUUCCUCGACUCAGUCAAGAAGCAAAUCGCCGACGGACACAACAUAAGCUAUGUCCUUGGCUUCAACGAGCCCGAUGGUGGCCACAGCACUGGUGGUUCCAACCUCGCCGUCACCACAGCAGCCGCUCGCUGGAAAGCCGAGAUUGAGCCUCUGAAGGAACUCGGCAUCAAACUGGGUGCGCCUGCUGUUACUGGCGCAGAGUCUGGUUGGCAGUGGUUGGAAAACUUCUUCAACGAGUGUGAUGGCGGUUGUAAUCCUGAUUUCAUCCCUGUACAUUGGUACGGAAACUUCGAGGGCAUGAUGAGCCAUGUUGGACAGGUUACGAACAAAUGGCCCAAUUUGACUGUCUGGGUUACCGAGUAUGGUUACCCGAAUCAGCCGCUCGAGGCGACGCAGACUUUUUACAACCAGAGUGCUCAGAGCUUUGAUAGCUGGCCGAACGUUACGCACUACUCUUACUUCGGCGCCUUCCGCUCUGAUGUCAGCAACGUGGGUGCCAACGCCGCUAUGCUUACCCAGGACGGCAAAUUGACGGAUAUUGGAUCCUGGUAUAUGGGCGGUGCUGAGACGAACAAUGUGCCAAAGGCUUCUGGUGCUUCGAUGACGGGAGCUGCACCAGGUGCUUUUGCCUUAAGCUUCGUGGCUAUGGUGUGGUUCUACUUGGCUUAGUGUUUCUAGAAUCCAGGUUGUCCAUUCCUCAGGCUAUGGUAUCGCAAAGGCGUUGAAGGAUCGGUAUCGAUUAGAUGUUGCUAAUAGACCAAGGCUCACUUGAGCUAGAGAGUCACAAAAGACGUGCUCAUGUCACUGAGUGAGUAGCCUCGCACUGAGCCAUGAGCAAUAGAAU